AUGACAGUUCCGAAAUCUGCAGUGACGCCCGGAACGGGUCUUGCCGCGGCGCAAACCAAAAACCCGUCGUCGUGGGACCCACAAGACGACGUGCUCUUGAGGCACCUAAAAGAGAUUAAAAAGCUGGGCUGGAAAGAGAUCGCCCAAUACUUCAAAAAUCGAACGCCUAACGCGUGUCAGUUUCGCUGGCGAAGACUGAGGUCCGGAAACCUCAAAACGGUCGGCAAAUCGCCGGAAAACUCCGAUGACACGAUUGUUGGCACUCCGGGAGCAAAUCUUCAAGCAUCCCAGACCGUUCAAAUAACACAAACAGCACCUGCUACAGUAGCUGGUACCGCAGGUCAAGCGCUACCAGUCCCAGCUCCAGCUUCGGCUUCAAGUCAAUCUACGGCUUCUUUAGCAGGGCCAGUACCAGUUGUGAGCUCUUUCGUUAGUACCUCACCUGCUGCCGGUUUGCCUGUGGCAUUCAAACCCCCUGCCGUCAAUCUAUCGCAACCUGCGCUCGGAUACAUCCCACACCAGCACUUGGCACCACAGCCAGCAAUGCAACCAAGAUCCCAGUCUCAUUCUAGUGCGAGCUCAGACAAAUUCAUUAAACCCAGAUCCUAUUCCCAUACGGUGGCUCCGCCAUCAGGCUUCUUACAUUCCUCCUCUGCUAGUCAUUUGCCUAUUGAAGUAAGUAAAGCCAACGAAGACGAGAACCUUGGUCUGAUACCUAAAGUACUGGUCCGUUCCAGGCGCGCCUCUGUUGCUCAGCAACCACCACACAUGGUGUCGUCAAUGCCAACUUUGUCUUCCGGCUCGAACACAAGCAACCUUUCCGUCGCAUUGAACACGACAUUGAACACGUCCAAGCUUCGUAAGAAUUCGUUUUCUUCACGGCCAAGACGUUCAUCUUUCAACAUGGCGCCUCCUGACCGUAUUUUUUCAAGUCCAUCACGGAGAGGUUCAGUUGUUCAAGCACCUCCCUCGGUAGCUUCCGUUACUCGGCGCGAGAGUUUUAACAACACUAAUUCUCGGCGGGGAUCUGCAAUUCAAUCGAGAAGAGAAAGUUUCGUACAGGCGCCUUUUGACAGACGAGAAUCGGUGUCAAAUUAUACCGAUGUACCAAGACCAAACUUUCAUAGUUUCGCGCCCGCUACGGGCACAUCGUUGAAUCAAACCGUCUUCUCCAAGGACGUAUUGAGCUGGUCUCUAGAUGAGGACAAACUGCUAUAUAAGAGACAAGAAAAGCAUUUGUCUUUGGACGAACUGAGUAUUUUGCUGCCUCAUAGAUCAGAGGAAGAAAUUCAAUGGAGAAUAGGCGCUUUAGACCGCAGAACGUCUUCAUCGUCUAGCUCUCCUUUGGAUACUCCUGAAAGAUCACUCACCGAAGAUACAGCGAUAGAAGAAGAAAUUACUGCGGCAAAUGAUGGUGGUCCACGGCAACCAUCUCAAGGCAUUUUCGAUGUAAAAAAAGAAGUGUCCCCGUCGUUGUCGCUCUCCUCCGAUUCCAAUGAUAGAGAACACUCGCCCGUUUUCUCUCCUCAUCCUAUUAACAGAGAUCAAUCACCAGCAACUUUUGAUAGCUCUACGAAACCUGGGGUGAGUAAGCCUCUCGAUGGAUCGAACUAUAACUGUCUGAGUGACCUUGAUGGUCAUCGUAGCCAUUCAUAUUCUACCAUCAAUGAUCAUGGGGCUAGCACUGGGCAUGGAGCUCCAUUGCCCAGCCUCAAUAGUCUUUUUAAAAACAUACUCUAG